AUGUAUCUGUCUCAAAAUCAGCAAUGGCAAUGCCAGAGUGGAGAAUGCGUCCCCUACGACUUCCUUUGUGACGGCAGAUCUGAUUGCUCGGAUGGCUCUGAUGAAAGUCGUGCUGGAUUUUGCGAGGAACCCUUGGCAGUCAGAUUGAUCAAUGGUAAUAAUGAGACCUCCGGGCGAGUGGAGGUGAAAUUCAAUGGGAUUUGGGGCACGGUGUGCGACGAUAAUUUUGGGCCUGAGGAGGGUGCCGUGAUUUGUCGAAUGCUCGGCUUUGAAGGAAAAGCGGUGGUUCAUUCAGAAGGUGCCUACGGACCUGGUGGAGGACCCAUUUGGAUUCAAAACGUCGUUUGUGAGGGUAAUGAAGAAUCCUUGGCGAAGUGCAAAUCUCCCACCUGGUCACCUACAUACCAAUGCAAACAUCUCGAGGAUGUCGGGGUUGAAUGCGUUCCUUUUGCUAAAGAUCAGGACCAUGAUUAUGGAUCGUACGGUGCAGCCGGGCGAAUGGCACCUCAAUGCGGAACGAGUACGGUUAAGGAGACCCCUGCCGUGCCAGUUGCUCGGAUUGCUGCCGGAAUGCAAUCACGUCCAGGAGCUCAUCCUUGGUCGGCUAGUAUUCGUUUACAAGGCACUCAGAAGAGCUUUCAUUGGUGUGGAGCAGUGGUCAUAUCGGAAUUCCACGUCCUCACGGCAGGACACUGCAUGGAAGAUUAUCCCAAGGACUCUUAUCGCGUCCGAGUGGGGGACUGGGACAUGCAGGUUCCAGAUCUUCAGGAACAGGAGUUUAAAGUGGACACGGUCUAUUUCCACGAGGGUUACAAUGUUGGCUUGUAUUUGAAUAACGACAUAGCCGUGGUUCGCAUCAAAGCGUCCUUGAACACUGGACGAGGUUUCCGUUUUGGAGAUCGUGUCGUCCCUGCUUGUCUCCCGCAUUCCAAUGUGGUCUAUGGAACUCAUUUAAACUGUAGUGUGUACGGCUGGGGUUCAACAGGGGUGCAUCAACCAGGUUUCACGCGCUAUUUACAAGCUGCCACAAUCCCAUUACUAGAUACAGAUAAAUGUGUCUCGCCCACUGUUUACGGACCAAACAAACUAGGAGGUAGCAUGUUUUGCGCGGGAUUUUUGGAAGGAGGAGUGGAUACUUGUCAAGGCGACAGUGGGGGUGGCAUGCUUUGCGAAGUUCGGGGUCGACAAGCCAUUAUGGGCCUGACAAGUUGGGGUUAUGGUUGUGGUCGACCCAAUCGACCAGGCGUGUACACCAAAGUGGCCGAUUACCUUGACUGGAUAACCGACAAAUUAGAGGGAGGGUCGGCCUAAUUAAUUUUUCUUGUGAUGGUGAAGAUAAGACAUAACAACUCUGCGCAGUAUUUGUUUCUUAAAGUGAUCCCGUGUAAGUACGUUAAGCUCUUUUCCACAAGGCGUGGGAUUCUUGAAGAUAAAUAUAUUGAUAUUUGCUAGUCAUUAGCAUACAAA